UGUAAGAGUAAUCUCUCUUGAGUACUCUAAACACUCACUUUUAAUUAACUAGAUUUUAACUGUUUAAUGAGAGAAAGAUAAAUUUAAAGAUGUGUGGAAUAUGUUUAUUGCUAUUUGAAAAAGAAAAUUCUGAAAAAUUCAAUUUGGAUGACAUACUGAAGAAAUCACGCCUUUGUAAUCGAGGACCAGAUAAAAGCAAAGAUGUUAAGAUUGACAUCGCAGAACAUUUAUCAGCUGUAUUUACUGGCCAUGUCCUUCAUCUCAGAGGGGAUGAAAUGGCUGUGCAGCCUGCCCAAGACUCGCAGGGAAACCUGUUGUUAUGGAAUGGAGAAAUAUUUGGUGGAAUAAAUGUACCAGAAUCAAAGAGUGAUACUACAGUGUUGUUAGAACUGCUGGGUCAGUGUUCAUCAGAAUCUCAGAUCACUGCAGUGUUCGCACAAGUUCAAGGCCCAUGGUCGUUUAUAUAUUGGCAGGCUGACACCAAAACCCUGUGGUUUGGGCGUGAUGUAUUUGGUAGAAGAAGUUUACUUUGGCAUUUACCUGAGAGCCAUGAUGAAGCAUUUAUUCUAUGUUCAGUACAGAUAAAACCUUGGAGAUUUAAGGAGGUACCAGCUGUUGGUAUAUAUAAGAUGACAUGUAGCCAGACUGAAUCUCAAGCUCUCAAUACAAUCACUCUGUUUCCAUGGAAAUGUGCAGUGUGGCCUGGUACAUUAGAUAUUGUCCAGACUGAUCCAGACUUUGCUACAAAGAUAUACUCUUGUGAGAAACCAUCAGAUAUUGUAGAGUUUAAGAUAAGUGACGAUUUAGCAGUAUCAUCUCAACUACCUAUCUUAAACAAGAGUCUACCAUCUGCAGAUUAUACUUUACCGGAGCUUACACCAGACCAAGCUUACCUUGAUUAUUUACAGAAUCUUUUAGAUACAAACAGUUACCUGAGAACACUAAGUAGACAAUUAACGGGUGUUUUACUGGAAGCUGUACGGACACGAGUGUUUAAUCAACAUGUGAUAGAGCCGUGUUCAGAUGAUAACUCUACAAUUUGCCAUGCCAAAAAAUCUGAUGGUAUGAAUGUGGAAGCCUGCAUGGAUGGGGCAGCAAAUGAUGUUGCAGAAAAUGGCAUACCAUGUGACAGUCACAUGACCACCUCAUCCAGAGUAGCCAUCUUGUUUUCUGGUGGGAUAGAUUCCACAAUGAUCGCUGCCCUUGCCGAUAAAUGUUUACCAAUAGAUGAACCAAUAGAUUUGCUAAAUGUUGCUUUUGAGUUGAAACCAAAACCGUCUGGGAGGAAGGAAAAAUGGGACGUCCCAGACAGACUGACAGGUUAUACAGCUCUGGCAGAGUUAAAUCCAGAUAGACAAUGGAACUUCAUAGAGGUCAAUGUAACAGCCGAAGAAUUACAAAAAACAAGGAGUGAACAUAUACAAGAUUUGGUGUACCCUCUACAGACAGUGUUAGAUGAUAGUAUAGGCUGUGCUGUAUGGUUUGCCUCUAGAGGUAUUGGUGUUCUAGGAAAUGGACAAUAUAGAGGAACAAAUAUAUGCAGCAAGGCUAGAGUGAUUCUUUGUGGUAUGGGGGCAGAUGAACAGCUUGUAGGAUAUUCCAGACACAGAGUCAGAUACAAGGAGGAAGGUUGGAAAGGAUUGAUCAAUGAGAUAGAGCUGGAGGUAACAAGGAUCUCAUCUAGAAAUCUUGGUAGAGAUGACAGGAUAAUUACUGAUCAUGGUAAAGAAUCCAGAUUUCCUUUCCUGGAUGAAAGAGUUGUACAAUUUUUGAGCUCCUUGCCAGUUCAUGAAAAGGCUAAUCUCGACCUACCUCGUGGACUUGGCGAAAAGCUGCUACUCAGAUUAAGUGCUACGGAGUUAGGACUCCAUCAAACUGCUACCCUAGCCAAGAGAGCUAUACAGUUUGGAUCUCGGAUAGCAAAGUUAGAAAACAACAAAGAGAAGGCUACUGAUAUAUGUUCAAGACUGACUAAUGUAUCUCAUAAUCAAAAUAAAACAGAGGAUUUGUAGCAGUGAUAUACAAAUUUUAAUAAAGGAAUAUAACAUGUUAAAUACAGUACCACCUUUCAGUUAUAAAUUUCUUAAAUGUGAUCAGAUUGAAUAUAAAGUUUUAAUCACAGAAAUUAAGUUCAUUUUCACAAAUGAUUCUUUCUUUGGUGACUUCCUAUGUGUUAUUGAAAUACACGUUUUAGAGAAAAUAGCUCAUAGAUGUAUCUUAAGUAAGGUCAAUACUGUCCAAUGUGUCGGCACAUCCACUUUUCAGUCUUGGGGAAAGUGUUUUUAAUGUAUACUGUUUAGUAUUUAAUAGAGCUAUUGUUGAAGAGAAAAAG